AUGACUCAGUCAGAUGGGCAUGCAAUCCACUUCUCCCCUGUAAAAGAAACGCAGGUCCAAGGCGGUGGGAGCCUGCAGCUCCUGCAGCAGCAGCGCGGGAAGGCCCGAGCGGGGCUCUUUGCGGGCGUUCCCGGCACCAGCCGUGAGGGGAAGCACCUGAGGGGCGGCCCAAAGGCCGAGCCUGCGGACGCCUCACUCCGAUCUCCCGAGCGAGGCCCCUUUGCUAAAGCCCCGGUCGCUGUUCCGGAGCCGCGGGGCGCCGGCACCCAGAGUUCCCCACCUGAAACACCGUCCCGGGGCUCUGACAAGCCCUCUGCCAGCCCAGCCGAACCGAGCCGCCUAUGCUCACUGCCCUGCUCGCCUCCCCUGCCGCCCUACCUGCUCGCCUCCCGGCCGCCGGAGCUCCCGCAGCCGCGUCACGCCGCACCUGCCUUUUUUUUGGGCUCCGACCGUGUCUUUUCCGUCAAGGCAACAUCACUUCCCGUACAGCCCGAGUCUGGUUCCAAACACGCAGGUACGCAGCGGGCGGGCGGCUCCAGCGCGGGGCCGGGCUGCAGAGGCGGCUCGGGCGGGACGGCCCCGGCAGGUGACGGUCGCGCCGGCUCCGACCGGCUCCAUUGCCCCCGACGGACGGGGCGUGCGAGGGCCGGGCUGCGAGGCGGUGCCCGGGAACGGCGCCGCACGCCUCCCUCAGGGCCUCUUCUCGGGCGCGGCGUCCGGCGGCGGCGCGGCGGGGCCGUGCGGGGCCGCGGGCGGCUGGAAGAGCGGCCCGCGGCGCUGCCGCGCUCACGGACACGCGUGGGGCGGGCGGGCGCGCACGGCGGCGCGGCCCCGGCUCGGCUUCGGCCCGCGGCCCCGGCGCCCUCACCUGAACGCGGGACGCGGCAGAGCCCCGGCUUCCCCUGGCUGCGGGCACCGGACGGAAGUAGCGGCGCUGUCCCGCCUCCCGCGGUCGCGCAUGCCCCGGCGGGGGAGGCGGCCGGGGAGCUGCGGGCGCGGAUGCCGGAGGCGGUGCGGCUCCGCAAGCGGCGGUCGGUGCUGUACAGCUCGGCCGGCGGGGCCGCCGCGCAGCGAGGCGCCGGUGCAGCCGCGCCCGCGCCGCUGCUGGCGCUCGCCCUGGCGCUGCGGACGCUCAAUUGCUUCCUCGUCCAGACCAGCUUCGUCCCGGACGAGUACUGGCAGUCGCUGGAGGUGGCUCAUCGCAUGGUCUUUAAUUAUGGUUACCUGACUUGGGAAUGGACAAGUAGCUUAAGGGGCUACUCCUACCCACUGAUCUUUGCAAGCAUGUACAAAGCAUUACAGCUGCUGGCUAAGGAUAAUGUUCAGCUGCUGAUCUGGGUCCCUAGGCUUGCACAGGCAGUGCUGGCUGCUUUUGCUGAUGUGAAGCUUUACUCAUUAGUGCAACACCUUGAAAAUUCAGAAACAGCAAAGUUCGUGUUAUUCUGCCAACUCUGUUCCUGGUUUACAUGGUAUUCCUGUACCAGAACUCUAACAAACACCAUGGAGACUAUUCUUAGCAUUUUUGCUCUUUCCUACUAUCCAAUAAAAGGCUCCAAGAUGGGGAACAGUUGUAAGUAUUUAGCUUUGGUUGCACUUGCAAUUGUUAUUCGUCCCACUGCUGUUAUCCCGUGGAUGCCUUUGGUCUUCAGCCAUUUUUUACAAGAACAGAGGAAAGCAGAUCUUAUCCUAUACAACUGCAUUCCAGUUGGAUUGGUCACAGUAGGAACCUCUUUAAUAAUUGACCGUGUGUUUUUUGGUGAGUGGGUACUGGUUCAGCUGAACUUCUUGAAAUUCAACGUGCUGCAGAAUUUGGGAACAUUUUAUGGCUCUCACCCUUGGCACUGGUACUUCACUCAGGGACUCCCAGUUGUCUUGGGUGCCCAUCUGCCGUUCUUUAUUCACGGCUGUGCGCUGGCACCAAGGAGGUACCGCGUCCUUCUGCUGGCAGUGAUCUGGACAGUGCUGGUGUACAGCACACUGAGCCAUAAGGAAUUCAGGUUCAUCUACCCAGUACUGCCAUUCUGCAUGAUAUUUUGUGGAUAUUCUUUAAAAUACCUGAAAGCAUGGAAGAAAACUGCAGCAAGUUUCCUGCUGUUAUCCAAUUUAGUCCCAGCCCUGUACACAGGUUUGGUUCACCAGCGAGGCACUCUGGAUGUUAUGAGUCACAUCCAGCAGCUCUGCAAUCACUCUCAGCAGUCACAAGCUUUUGUCUUCAUCCUGAUGCCAUGCCACUCUACCCCAUUUUACAGUCAUGUUCACUGUCCUCUAAAAAUGAGAUUCCUUCAGUGUCCCCCAAACCUAACUGGCAAUGUGAGCUAUGUUGAUGAAGCAGAUGUGUUUUACUCUAACCCACUUGGCUGGCUGAAUAAGGAGUUUUACAAUGACACGUUAUUACCCAGUCACUUCAUCCUCUUCAAUGUGCUAGAACAGGAAAUAUCAUCAUUUCUAGCUUUAAGGGACUAUGAGAAAAUAGCCACUGUCUUUCAUACUCAUGUACCUCAAGGACGAGUUGGAAGCCACAUCUCCAUCUACAGGAGAAAAACUGAAAUGAAUUAUCCCUGAAGAUCAGUGGCUAGACCUCGGACCAGAUCAGUUUUGCAUAGCAGUAGCUAUGCUUACACCUCAUAGUGCAGAAAGGAGAAAGCAGUGAGUCUGAAACUGGGGAAGUCAAUGGGAAGUCCCAUGAGGCAGCCAGUGGCUGCCUCCAAACACAUAAACCUCCUCCUGAAGGCAGCUUCAUAGCAGUAGGGCAGGGUGGGGUUGCUGACCUACCUUACAGCACUAGAAAACAUUGGGAAGACCAAAAUUACCAUAUGAAUACUUAAGCAAUAAAAUACAGACAAGACUGGACAGUUUUUAUAGAACUGUACAGCUAUGCUGACUUUCUGUUAUAAAUAAAGACUUUUACCCACA